GACCAAGCGGACGAAUAUCUGCCCCCAGGUUCCGCUUUUUAACACAAGCCAUCGCUAGUUUAUAUGUAAACUCGCUGCUUUCAACUCAACUCUUACUUGUGGCUUAAUUUGAGCACUGCACCUUUAAAAACAAACUGUUCCCAGCGUUCGGUCCCAACCGGCGGCCACGUACGGCUCCGAGCUCCAACGGUUAUCCCACGGUCUGGUCGUUAACUGUAGACUACAUUUAUCAGUUAACGACACAUCAGCUCUUUAAACUAUUUUGAAGUGUUUUUUUUUUUUUGCUUGACAGAGGUGCGGAGGAUAAAGUUUUGAAUGAAGGUUCCCCGCUGGGACUGUAAAGCAGGAGGAGGGGGCAGUUUGUGGGGUCGUCCAGGCUAUCGGAUCUGGGAUCUGCUCACAUUUAUAACCAGACAGACGGCGGCUUGUUCUGGCCAGAGCUGAGCUGGGCGGACGGGCAGUUUCACCGAGGAGGACGCAAAGUUUUACACUUUUAAUUGUUUACCCCGGACGAUAAAAAGAAGGGGAAAGUUUGGAAUAACAGAAAAGUUUCACCCCGCGUCUCCUGUCAAGACUACGAGCUGCUGGACUGUAAGCUAAUAAUUUACUCUGGAAAUAUCUAUCUUCUUCAGACUUGUGAUUUAGUUCGGCUUUAGCCUUUAAAUAUAACUACUUGUAACUUUACUUUAUUGAAGCAGACAGACAAAGUAUCUUCAAUAUGGAUAAAUACGAGGAUUUAGGACUCGAGGCGAGUAAGUUUAUCGAGGACUUAAACAUGUAUGAAGCAUCCAGAGAUGGUUUAUUUCGCACGAGGAGGGAUGCAGGAAAUAACCCCGACUUUGAAGAGACAAGAAAAGUUUUUGCAUCUAAAAUGACUAAAAUACACAUGCAGAAACACCAAGAGGAGAUGGCAAAAAACAACCAGGCCAUGAAAAUGAAUGGGGGCCACAACAGCACUUAUUACACCAAAGACAGACCGCCCAUAAAUAGUUACAGGCAGCCGGGUGAAGCGGCAGCGAAGCCCCCGAUACUUUCUGGCCCUGUGCCGGGCACCACGGCUGGGAAUCAGUACGCACAGUUUGACGGCCAGAAACACCACACAGGCAAUCAGUCUGAACUUCCAGCCGGCAGGGCAUAUGGCUACGGAAACAAUUACGACAAUAAGGAGCGCUUCGAGCCACAUUCGUACCAGCACAACACCCCUACUCCCCCCAGCCCAGGAAACGCGCCUCAUAGCGCGCCCACACAUGCUCGUCACCCGGCCAGCCAGCCGGCUGCUUGGGCCCCAUCCACAGAGAACCAGCUUUCCCCAUCUCUGUCUGGGUUUGGGAGCAGCAGUUCAUCUCAGCAGCAGCCCCAACGCCAAUCUCCACCUCCCACCGCCAACAGUCUUCCGUCCCAGCAGAAUCAGGCUGUUACCCCGUCUGUAAACCAGAGUCCACCCUCCUCUGCUGGGCCAGCCAGGGGAUGGGCGGGAAAGCCCUCUGGCUCAGCAAAACCAAACCUCAUCCCUGCCCUGCCUCUGAGUGCCUUCACAGGAGGAGCAGACUUCCACAUUGAGCAGCACUCCACACAGUCUGCAGCCCACUACGCACCACCUUCUCCAACCUCGAGACCCUCUGGCAGCCAUAAUGGUACUGUGGCAGCUUCUUUGCUCCUACCUGCACCUUCUGAAACACCUCAACCCAAAGCCCAGGUGACAUCUGCUGCCUUGAUGCCUGGCAAUGUCUCCAAAAUCAGCAGCCAGGUUCAAGGUCAGAGCCAGAUACCUGGCUGCGGACAGGCCGCCAGUGCUGAAGCAGAAGUCCUGUGCUCCCCCAAGCCUGUCCAACUACUCUGCCAGCCUCUCCUCAGGCAGCCCCCUGAGCAAGGGCUUUCAGCAGCGGAAAUAAAAUUAGAAGCCCUCACUAAGCGGCUGGAAAAAGAGAUGGAUGCCCAACCAAAGGCUGACUACUUUGGAGUCUGUGUUAAGUGCAACAAGGCGGUGUAUGGAGCCAACCAGGCCUGCCAAGCUAUGGGUAGCCUCUACCACGACAGCUGCUUCACCUGUAGUGCCUGCAGUCGAAGGCUGAGAGGGAAGGCGUUUUACUAUGUCGGAGGGAAGGUUUUCUGUGAAGAGGACUUUCUGUAUUCUGGUUUCCAGCAGUCUGCAGACAAGUGCAACGCAUGUGGACAUCUGAUCAUGGACAUGAUCCUGCAGGCCCUUGGGAAGUCGUACCACCCUGGCUGUUUCCGCUGUGUCAUCUGUAAUGAGAGCCUUGAUGGAGUGCCCUUCACCGUGGACACUGAAAAUAAGAUCUACUGUCUCAAAGACUACCACAGGGUCCUGGCGCCUAAAUGUGCAGCCUGUAACCAGCCCAUCCUGCCCUCAGAGGGGUCUGAUGAAACCAUUCGAGUUGUAUCCAUGGACAAAGACUAUCAUGUGGAAUGCUAUCACUGUGAGGAAUGUAAGAUGGAGCUUAACGACGAGGAGGGUCACCGCUGCUACCCUCUGAACGGCCACCUUCUCUGCCACUCCUGCCACCUGAAGAACAUCGAGCAGGGCUGCUCCUCUUCCAUCACCUCCUCCUCCUACUAACACUACUGUAGGUGGAGGGAGACGCCUGGUGGAUUUACAGAGGAACUGCCAAAGAGUGACGGACAGCUGGAGUGGAUAUGUACAAUUCUUGUUGUAGAGGAUUGAUUAAUGCAAUUCAUUAGACCAUACUGUGGUUUGAUGUGUAUUUUCACAGGAAUGUUAAUGCCCAAUCAUUAUGCCCAAUGAGGUUUUGACCCAAUAAUGAAGUAUUGUAAUACAUCAAAGCCCUACUUUGAAUGUGGUGAAGCAUUGCGUUAUACCCGCUGCAUACAGACUUGGCAGAAGUGUUUCCAUAUGAUUUCUUUUAAAUGUAAAUAUCAGUUGCAUUGGCUGUGUAAAUAUCUGAUAGUCAACUCAUUUUAGAUACCUUCAGCUUCACUUUCACACUUAUGCUCUGAAUUACAUUUCAAAAUUGAUCCAUAAAACAUCUGUCUGAAGGUUCUAAUAAGGAUGAUCAUUUAAAUCACAGCUACCUGAUGUUUCAGUCAGAGACAAAGGAUCAUCUGCUGGUUCAUCUGGCUAACUAAGCUAAUGGAAAAUAAUGGUUUGAUCAUAUGAUACUCUGGAUGCCUAUUGUGCCUCCACAUCAGUUUCUACAUGCAAUAAUAACAGUUGGCGUGUAUUUACAUAUAGUCUGAAACAUACAAAAAAGUGACAUUAUUUGAACAUUAUUUUAAAAAGUCAUAGCAUAACAGUGAUUCCUUCCUGUAUAGAAAGUGUUCAUUUUCUUCCCAAAUGGUAACCAGUGGUAACCAGAGCCAUUAUUGUUGUUCAUUUUCCAUAUGCAAAUUACAGUAUGCAUUAAAUGAUAUCAAAUAAUAAUUUUUGAACACAACCAUUCCAUAGAAAUGUUAACCAAUGCCAUCAUCCUCAAGGUUGCUGUGCCUUUGUGUGCUUAAGGCUUACCAUUUCACAUUUUUACAACUGCUUCGGUUAUAAUGUAACAGCCAUUAUUUGUCACAUGCAGUCUGUUCUAAGCACUCGGAGAUAGAUUUGUGAGUUCUCUACGCACCUAUGAAGAGGUUGGUAUUAGGCCUGUAGAUCUAUGUAUUUUGUUACAUUUGCAAACAUUGUAUAUUUAAAAAAGAUAUAUAUUGUAGACCUAUAUUAAUUUACUUUUGUUUCAUUUUGACUUUUGUGCAAACCCCUUAAAUAUUAGUUUGAUUUGCGGUGGGAAGUACAGUUUCGAUUGCCUUCUUUGCUAUUAUUCAUGUGUUAUUCAUGUCUUGAGUUUACUAACUUAAUAUUUGUUGCUUAUCAUUUGAGGUCCUUAUUUCUUAGCCAACUGUAGUUACGAUGAAGAGCAAACAUACAUAUGUGUUGUAUGAUUGUUGUAAAGAAAAUAUUUAAUAAAUGCAUUGCAAUAGGCCAAACUUUCAA